AUGGCGGGGAGUGUGGACGAGGAGACCCUGCACCAGUUGUACCUGUGGGUAGACAGCAUCCCUCUGUCCCGGCCCAAGAGAAACCUUACCCGGGACUUCAGUGACGGAGUCCUGGUUGCAGAAGUUGUCAAGUUUUACUUUCCCAAGAUGGUAGAGAUGCAUAAUUACGUCCCGGCCAACUCUUUCCACCAGAAGCUCAGCAACUGGGGACACCUGAAUAGGAAAGUGCUGAAUAAGCUGAACUUCUCAGUCCCGGAGGACGUGAUGCGCAAGAUCGCGCAGUGCGUGCCGGGCGUGGUGGAGCUGGUGCUCAUCCCGCUGCGGCAGCGCUUGGAGGAGCGGCAGAAGCGCAGAAAGCAGGGCUUGGGCUCCUUACAGGAGCUGACUUCCCAGGAUGGCAGCGGCUACAUGGAUGUGGGUUUGUCCCAGAAGGCCCAAGGAGAAGGUGCCCCGGAGCCGCCGGGAGGAAAACCACUCAAGGGGGGCCGACUGCCUGCCCCCCGGCCUCCUGGAUAUAGCCAAACACUGCAGGGUGACCCAAGCUUCGUCCUUCAGAUCGCUGAAAAGGAGCAGGAGCUGUUGGCCACGCAGGAGACGGUGCAGGUCCUGCAGAUGAAGGUGAGGCGCCUGGAGCACCUGCUCCAGCUCAAGAACGUGCGCAUCGAUGACCUUUCCCGGAGGCUCCAGCAAGCGCAGCGGAAGCAGCGGUGA